AGCUGGUCUUGCGUCUCCAGACCACGCGGGGGGCUGUGGCAGCACAGCUGGGAAAACCCGCCCGGCCCAGGUUUGCGGGAGAGUUGGGUAUGUUUAGUUUCCAGAGGACAUUUGUGUUUUUUUGAACUCUUCUCUCUCUCUCUUCCGAAAUCUGGCAGGCCUUAGUCAUCCGCCGCUCAGCACGAACCCACAAGUGUGCUUGUGUGGCUCUGUGGGCUUCCUCCCGGCGCCCCGCCCUCGGGCUCACACUGCCUCACGCGAGAGAGUGGAGCGGUCUGCGCACCCUGGUCUGGGGUGUCCUGGGGUCCCCCGGGCGCUCAGCUUCCCCCGCCUGCAGAGGAUCGCCCCGUGGCUCCGGGCGGGUGUCUGGCGCCGGGAAGAAAGUUGUAAAGCGCCGCGAGGAGUUGGGCGGUCCGAGGAAGGGAGGCGGAAGGGGAGGACUCGGCUGAGUUCCCGCGGCGAUCGUGGGGUCCCCAGGAGUCUGUCCCCAGCUCACCACCGCAGCUAGACGUCAGCUUUCCGGCCCGGGAUUGGCGCUAAAGACUAGACCCUAGCCCGGGAGGAACUUAUCCAGCGAGCUGUCGCCUCGGGCCUUAUUGUCUGCAGCAGCUCUCCCGAAUCCGGAGGGGGAGGACUGGACCGCGCUCCCACUGGGAUUUGUCCAGAGUUCCGGCCGCAGCUGUGCCGGCCGCUGAGACUCCCUUUGUCCUCCCAGGACCUCCCUCUCUCCCUUCUCGGUGGCAGCUGUCGGGUGGCGCUGAGCCUGGAGCUAGCGUCCCAGUCCCUUUCAGCCUCUGACCCCAGAGUGAGUCCUUGGUGACUCCGCCUCUUCGCAUCUCAGCUCUGCGGACCCGAGAGCCCAGAGGCCGGAGACAGGAGCCCAAGGGGCUGUGAGCCAGUGGGAGCUGCCGGGCCCCGGCCCCAGGAUGGUGACGGGUCGUCCCCGGGCGCGCAGCCCUGGGAGCUGGCUGUUGCCUGGCCUGUGGCUGCUGGCUGUGGGCGGUCCGGGGUCGUUGCUGCACGCCCAGGAGCAGCCUUCUUGCAAAAAAGCCUUCGACCUGUACUUCGUCCUGGACAAGUCCGGGAGUGUUGCGAAUAACUGGAUUGAGAUUUAUAAUUUUGUCCAGCAGCUUACAGAAAGGUUUGUGAGCCCUGAAAUGAGAUUGUCCUUCAUUGUGUUUUCUUCUCAAGCAACCAUUAUUUUGCCAUUAACUGGAGACAGAUACAAGAUUAGUAAAGGACUGGAGGAUUUAAAAGCUGUUAAGCCAGUUGGAGAGACAUAUAUUCAUGAAGGACUAAAGCUUGCAAAUGAACAAAUUCAAAAUGCAGGAGGCUUGAAAACCUCCAGUAUCAUAAUUGCCUUGACAGACGGCAAGCUGGAUGGCUUGGUACCAUCGUAUGCAGAGAACGAGGCAAAGAAGUCCAGGUCACUUGGCGCUAGUGUUUAUUGUGUUGGGGUCCUUGAUUUUGAGCAAGCUCAGCUGGAAAGAAUUGCUGACUCCAAGGACCAAGUUUUUCCUGUUAAAGGUGGAUUUCAAGCUCUUAAAGGGAUCAUCAAUUCUAUACUAGCUCAAUCAUGUACUGAAAUCCUGGAAUUGAGUCCUUCAAGUGUCUGUGUUGGGGAGGAGUUUCAAGUUGUUCUGAGUGGGAGAGCAGUCACAUCCAGCAGUCAUGACGGCAAUGUCCUCUGCACAUUCACCGUGAACAGCACCUACUCGAAGAGUGAAAAACCAGUACUUGUUCAGUACAAUUCCAUACUUUGUCCCGCACCUGUCCUGCACAAAGCUGGAGAAACUCUUGAAGUUUCCAUCAGCUUUAAUGAUGGGAAGUCUGCCAUCUCAAGAUCCUUAACAGUCACAGCUACAGAAUGUUCUAAUGGGAUUGCAGCCAUCAUAGUGAUUUUGGUGUUGUUGCUGCUCUUGGGUAUCGCCUUGAUGUGGUGGUUUUGGCCCCUUUGCUGUAAAGUGGUUAUCAAGGAUCCUCCCCCACCACCUUCUGCACCAAAGGAGGAAGAGGAAGAAGAGCCUUUGCCCAACAAGAAAUGGCCGACUGUGGACGCUUCCUAUUAUGGUGGUCGAGGAGUUGGAGGCAUUAAAAGAAUGGAGGUCCGCUGGGGUGAUAAAGGAUCGACUGAGGAAGGUGCAAGGUUAGAGAAGGCGAAAAAUGCCGUGGUGAUGAUCCCCGAAGAAGAGAUACCCGUCCCACCAAGACCGCCUCGGCCCAAAUCCACACACCAGGCCCCUCAGACAAAAUGGUACACGCCAAUUAAGGGUCGUCUGGAUGCACUCUGGGCUUUGAUCAUGAAGCAAUAUGACCGAGUGUCCUUGAUGAGACCCCAGGAAGGAGAUGAGGGCCGGUGCAUAAACUUCUCCCGAGUUCCACAUCAAUAAAAUGAGAGCCCAAAGAAUGAAAAGAGAAGAAAGCGUCCCAUCUCCAUGAUGCUGAUUUCCCAUCGAGUGGACAGUCAGUCCAGCGCAUCUCAGAAGUUCUUGGGACAACAGCUCAGUUCCUCUGUCAGGAAAUGUUUUCUCUGCCUUCUGCUUUCUGUGCGCCAAACAUUUUCAAACACUUCCUCUGCCAUCUACAUGAGAGGUGAUGAAACUCGGCGAUAACUCAUGAUUCAUGACACUGAAAAUACCGAGGGAUGUUAAUUUGCAUGCUCCGGUUUAUGCAAAGCUCAUUUGAAUGUGUGAGAGGACAAAGCAGAACACAGCGAUGAUGUAAAGAUGAGACCAGAGCAAAGACUGAAAAUCCACUAGCCACGUGGCGGCUUCAUAAUGGCGGCUGGUGCUUUUGACAUAGACGCAAGGCACGUGUGCGCGCUUUGUUUGGCAAGAUCUUUAGCUACUGGCAGAACUUGAAAUUUCCUACCAGGCUAACAAGAUAAUGGAGUCCACUGCCUUGUAGCUAUGUCAGAUAGCAAAAGCCUUCUAAGUCCUCUAUUAUUUUGUGCCUUACGGGAAAUUUCUGACUAGAAAAUCUUGUCACUGUUACACUGAAAAUGCACACGCAUGACAAAACGUAGUCGAGAAGCCUCAAGGUACUGGAUGCAAGCAGGAUUUUGCCCUUUCGUUUUCCAAGACACCUUUCUUUCAUUAUGCACUAGGGACAAGGGAAUUAAUAGAGCGUUAAUUCAACAGGAAGACCGCCUCCAACCAAAGAUCGGGAGCGCAGCAUGAGGACUCGUGAUUUGAGACCUUGUCCCCAGACUGGUAGCGUCCCCUUUCUCAGUGUUUAGGAUUUAGCAGUGCAGAAAGCAUUAAUAUCUGUAAACACACCUAAGUGUUUGUUUGGCUUUUAAUUUAAGGAAGCAGUAACCACCAAGCUUCCGCUCAGGGUUUUUUUCUUCCUUCAAGUCUCCAAGGGCUCUUCAGCGUCACAAGCCAGCAACUCUCUUUGCAUGAAAAUUUCAAAGUUUAAUUAAUAUAAUUAAAGGCAACAGCAAGCAGCAGCCUGUGAAGACUUUGCUCAUCUUUUUUAUGCCUUUUGACAUUGAAUGACCUAUCACUGUCUGCAUGCGACUUGGACAUUGAGAAGCACCGCACCUUGGUUGCGAUUCAGCCCAGGAAAAAACAAACAAACAAAAAAAAAAACCGUCUUUUCUUCAGUUGAUAGAUUAAAAUCAGGAGGGGCGCCAUCGGAAAGCAUCGACAAUCUACGUACUGUAAAUUUUUAGAACUAUCAUCAUCGUGUCUCAUCAACGAUGCCAAAUUAUGUUAGCGUGAGCAGAAACACGGUGGGGGAGGAAGGCAGCCGCAGCUGAAGGAAAUAGCUCCGAUGAUCUAGUCACUUUCGAUACUGUACUUCAGAGGCGAAAUGGAUAUUCGACUGGAAACCUGACAAAGCGCGCCUGCUUUGAUGUGAACUGGUAUAGACAAUGACCAGUGGCCGGGUCAGUGGGAUGUCUCUCUGCGAGCACAAAGGCUUAUCAAAUGACACUAAAAAUAAGUUCAACAACCAUCACGUUGGAAGGGAGACGGCGAACGUUUCAUGUUUGGCGGGCAUGUGAGUGCACAAGAUGGAAAAAGCGGUCUGGAGCAUCCUGGUGUGAUUACCCACAUUGUACUCUUUAUGGAAAUUUCCAAGGGCUGCAGUGAUACUUUUGGUUGGUGUCCAGGUUUAUGGCACUGCUCCAAGAAGCCUUACGCACACACACAGAUAUACAAAUGCACACAUAUAUUCUCUAGCUUGAAUCUUUUUGCUCAAGUUUAUUUAUGUCACUGACUGGCUGGAUCCAAAGUCACACCUCCACAUAUUAAUAAAUAAAUAUUUUUUACCUGAGUCUUUGUUUUCAUUUUCUUUAAGCCCUCAUAGAACCUACACUCUCUUGGGUUGAAUACAUAACUCCGCUGGUUAGCAACAAGAUAGAAUUCUAUUCAAUUGCAAAAUGUCCAAUAUGUUCACAGUUGAUUCACAGUUGAAGCUAUGGGUACAAUGUGUGUGUGCACAUGCAAUGUAGAAGGCUGAUACAUCUACCCAACUCUCUCUGUAGUGAAUCAUUGUACACAUUUGUUUUGUGUCUACCUCUAGAGCAGGACCCAUGGCUACUUUAUCCAAUAGGCACUUCUUUUGUAACACAGGCAUGCCCAUCAGGGGUAUUUUAAGAGCAACAAAAAUACUACAGAAGCUCUGGCUAUGUUUCUUUGGUAACCACUUUACAUUUUUACAGAAUCAUGUAGCAUAUUUGCACCACGAGAAAUGUAAAUAAACCUCUGCCUUUAAAUGGCAAAAUAGCUUUCUUGAGAUUUGUUGCACUGGCUGGAGAUGUGUAAUAAAAAUACAACAAAGAGCUGAAAAUGAAGAGGGUGAGUCAGGCGUCUAUACAUAGGCUGAAAAAGUAUCAUUCAUAAGGUUCAAAGACAGAUGGAAUUUCAUUGCCCUUAAACUGAUGAACCAGAGUAGCGCUAUGCUUUAAUCGUGACUCUAACCAGAAAUGAGAAGAAUUUGUUUUUAAAAUUAAUCUUCUUGGCAAAGGACGUUAAAAAUCUCUACGUGACACUUUUCCUACAUGGCAAUAGAUCCCGUGUGAUUCAUCUGGACAUGUCAGUCGAGAUCUCCGUCUUUGUACAAACAAAUGAGUCUUGUCCAUCAUCCAUUUGUGUUGCAUAAGGUUGCAAAAGCAA